AUGGCUUCCCUCCAAAUCUCCAACUCGGAAACCCAAAUUCCUGCCCAGCUUCUCAUAGCUCGCAUUACACAACUUCAUUCAAGCAUUUCCAAACUUGACUCUCUUCGACCUUCAAAGCAAGUCAAUGCCCUCUUCUCUCAGCUGGUCAAAUUAUGCACUCUUCCAUGUGACAUAGAUAUCAUGGACUUGUCCAAAGAAGCCCAAGUUAUGCGUGAGAGUCUCAUCAAUCUUUGCGGCCGAGCCGAGGGCUUUUUGGAGCUUGAAUUCGCCACACUCCUUGUGAAUGUUCCUCAACCUCUAAACAAUCUCAAUCUCUUCCCUUACUAUGGCAACUAUGUUCUCCUAGCCAACUUGGAGCACAAGAUUCUCCUUGACAAUGGGGUGGUGCAUCCACACAAGGUAGCCUUUGUUGGGUCGGGGCCAAUGCCUCUCACUUCCAUGAUAAUGGCUACUCAUCACAUGAAGUCCACUCAUUUUGACAACGUUGACAUUGAUGAGAAGGCCAACGAU